UCUUCGGCAGCGGAAACACGCUGUAUAACCCUCAUACAAUACACCUUCCAUGGAUGUCCAAUUCAGUAUAUUUCACCAUAUAUGAACAGGUUAUUAGUCACUUGGUUUUGGUAGUUCGACUCGUCGAGGGGUCCCAAGUACUUUUCAGUAAUAUUUUUAUUUUUGAGUCUUCAUCAUAGUGUUUGUGAUUUAUGUGUAUUUUCUUAUCCAUUGAUCUCACGACGAUAAUAUGUCAAUUAAAUACUUAAAAACUAUUGAAUUUAGUAUUUUCAUAAUACUGCUCAAUUUCCACAAUACAUUUUCUACUCUCAGCGAUGUUCUCAUGCCGGAAUUAACAAAAACGUCUGAAGGAAGAUCUCCAUUUUCAACACCAAUUCGCUUGGCUAGAGAAAUAAAAUAUCCGAGAUAUGCCAGCGACAAUACGGACAAAAACUUGAAGCCGGAAGAUUCAACGGAUCGAGACAUUAACAACUCUCCUCCAGGAAAGAGAUGUAUUAGCUGCUUCUCCGGUUAUCCAAGCUACUCAUAUCAACCUACUUAUGACAGACCGAGGUAUAAUUAUGAUGACAUCAGAGGCAGGGAUUAUGACAGAUACGACGAUAGAGAUAGGUACUACGAUAGGGAUAGGUAUUAUGACAGGGAUCGGUAUUAUGACAGAUAUGACAGGUAUUCCGAUAGAGAUCGAUACUACAGAGGUAGAGAUCGAUACGACAGAGACCGGUACUACGACCCUUAUGAUUACGAUCGAUAUAACUCCUACGACCGAUAUGAUCGUUAUAAUGACAGAUACGACAGAUAUGAUGGCGACCGAUAUAAUUCAGAUCGAGGUAUAGGAUAUGAUAACAGAGGAUACGAUUAUAGAUAUGAUCCGUACAGAUCAUCCGAUGACAGCUAUCGAUAUGGACGACCUGAUUAUGGUACUUCAGGUUACGCCAAUAGAUGGAAUUAUGGAAACAGCGGCUCCGAUAGAGAUGAUUAUUAUAACAGAGAUAGGUACCCAAAUUACCGACCAACCGGUAAAGAUCCUUACAAUAGAGAUCCUUACAAUGAUACUUAUAGACCCACAAGUUAUCUGUAUGGUAGACCAUCAUCUACAACCUUGAAGCCACCAACUGAAGACCCACGCACACAAUCUCCACAAGAGAAUUCGGGAUAAUUGUUUAGAUAUUCAUUAAUUAACUUAAUAUAUAAAUAAACGAAGUGUGAAAUUACAUAAAGUAAACAGAAUAUUUUCAUUCCAUUGCAAAUAUAAAUUAUUUCUUAAUUAUUCUUAUUAUAAAAGUCAGAAUUCUUUUUAUAUGAAUAUUAACUUUGAAUUACGUCUCAUUAAUACCCUAUGAAGAAUUAUUGCUUGUAUAUCGGCAUUUUCAUCAAUUGAUAGAUAAUACUUAAUAAAUUCAAGUACAACAACAUUUCAUCAUGCACUUUUUCAGCGAAGAAUAGUUAUUAUUUAAAAUCUCUAGCCAUCCCUACUUUUUGAAUAUCAGUAACAGCAAAUAUCAAGUAAUUCAUUUUUUUAGUUUUAUAAAACUACUUUCAGUACAAAAAGUAUGAGUAUUCCUGAGCGUGUAACAGACGUCUUCGAAGGUGUCAAAAGGCUCACCGGAUAAUAGGAAUUUCUUGAGGUCCAAUAAACCGUGAUAAUCGUAAGGGACAUGAUCAGCGCUGUAUAGUUAAUGAUUGAACAGUUCCCAGUCAAAUUCCGUCAAAAUAGCUGUUGUGCGUCGAGCUUUAUAUGGACUAGCACUGUCACGAAAGGGAACAAUAUUUGUAUUAAGCACUCCACGUUUGUUGUUAUGAAUUGGGCGUCACAAUUUAUAUUUACAGAAUCGUGUACGAAACUCAAUAGGCAGAAUACUCUUCCGUACCCACAACGUCUGUUUGCAUUUAGAUCUGACCGGAGAUCCACUAUACCGCCAAUGAAUUAGCUGCUGCUUGGGUUCCGAGUUGAAAUCAGAAGUCCAAUUCAGAAAUAUCAGUGCUGCACGUAACUGUUAAUUUUUAUAUUUAGAUGAUUCGGCUCCCAUUUAGUUGUUGAACACAAGUUGCUUCGUGACAAUAUCAUGCAACAAGAAUUGUGAUAUCUGCAGAAAAUGGCUGCUAAGUUUCGUAGUCGUAAUGGUUUUCCAACACGCGAUGCCUCAUAAUCUCAACAAGAUUAUUUUUGACAAGAGAUGAUUGCCCGAUGGACUCUUCUUCAUGGAUAAUUUGAAGAAUUUCAAAAAAUGUUGAUAUCAGUAACCUACUAUCUACUUUCUCAUGAUUUUCGGUACACAGACCUAAUUUUCGCAAUGCUUUUUGUAAAGAACUUUAUCAGCGAUCUAAAUUCAUAGCCGUCAAGGUAAAUAAUAAGAUCUGUCCACAGUUCCAACGCUAUAUGACUGAUAAGUUAAUGGAAAGAUAACAGAAAACUUAUUUUCUGGAUAUGCCUCGUAAAUAAAGGAGAAGUAGGGAAAACUAUUUGUUUUUUAUAAAUUCAAUUUAAUUUUUUGUGAAAUGUAACAAAUUUUUGUUGUAAAUAUAACUAUUUAUAGAACAAAAUAUAUUGUGUAGUUUUCAGAAAAGUUAUUUAUGAAUAUAUCUAUGCGUUCUAGGAUAUUCAACAGAUAAACCACUCGCAUUACUGCCUUUUUGUAAAAAUAAUCCCUUAUAUUAUUAUUAGAUAGUUGAUUUUGUACCCUUCCAGAAUAAAAAUAGAAAUUUUUAGACGAA